GAUAGUUUAGUUUGUUAUUGUUUUGUAUAAAUAAAGGCGAUUGAGGUUAUGUUGAGUUUUUAAAUUGAAAAUAUCAUUAUAUACGUCUGUAUUUAUAAUUGAUUUUUAUUUUUCAGUGAGUUGAAAUGAAACGCAGAGUUGUCAUCACAGGUAUUGGUAUGAUAUCACCAUUGGGUCACAACAGUAAACUGUCUUGGGAAUCAGUUUUAGCAGGUAGAAGUGGAAUUUCUCAAAUAAAGAAUAAUGAUUAUAUAAAAAUUCCAUGUAAAGUUGCAGCGUUUGUAAGUGAGGAGACUUUAAACAAAGAAGACAUAGUAAAUAAAUACUUUACAAAAAGUGAAAGGAGGACAAUGUCUCGAGGAACACUGUUUGGUAUGUUAGCUGCUGAAGAGGCUCUACAGGAUGCCCAAUGGAAACCAGAUGACACAAAAUCUUUGGAAUCGACUGGUGUUUGUGUUGGAAUGGGUAUGGCUGAUUUGGUUCAUAUUUGUGAAACUAGGGAAGCUCUGAAUUUAGGGUACAGUCGUGUUUCACCAUAUUUUGUACCUAGGAUUUUAACAAACAUGGUGGCUGGACAGAUUAGUAUUAAGUACGGAUUUCAAGGACCAAACCAUUCUGUCUCUACUGCUUGUGCGACAGGUGCUCACUCAAUUGGCGAUGCAUUUAGACUCAUCCAGAAUGGGCAUGCCGAUGUAAUGGUGUGUGGAGGAGCUGAGGCGAGUAUUAGUCCAUUAUCCUUAGCUGGAUUUUGUAGAAUACGAGCACUUAGUACAGCUUACAAUGAUGAUCCCUCGGCAUCUUCAAGGCCUUUUGAUAAAGAUAGAGAUGGAUUUGUUAUGGGUGAAGGUUCUUCUAUUUUAGUUUUAGAAGAGUUAAAUCAUGCAUUGGCUAGACAAAUACAAAUAUAUGGUGAGAUUUUAGGUUAUGGCAUGUCUGGGGAUGCAUCACACCUAACUGCUCCGCAUGGAGAGGGUAAAGGUGCUGUACUUGCCAUGGAAAGGGCAAUUUCGGAUUCAAACAUUAUAAAAGAAGAAAUCACUUAUAUUAAUGCGCAUGCAACUUCUACUCAGUUGGGUGAUGCUAUUGAGUUAAAAGCAAUUAAAUCAUUAUUUCAAGGUCAUUCGCCUCGCAUUGCAAUAUCUUCCACUAAAGGGGCUCAUGGACAUUUAUUAGGUGCGGCUGGAAAUUUAGAAGCAUGUUUUACAGCCCUUGCUUGUUUUUAUGGCUUAAUUCCUCCAACUAUUAAUUUAAAUAACGUUUGUGAAGAAGGUUAUGGUCUAAAUAUAGUUGCAAAUUCUAUGGGAAAAUGGCAAAAUGAGAGAAGGAUAGCUUUAAAGAAUUCUUUUGGUUUUGGAGGAACUAAUGCCUGCUUAUGUAUAUCUAGCAUUUAAUUGUACACUUAUUUGUUUUUGAUUAAUUUUCUUCAAAACAAGUCAAUGUUUCUUGGUAGCCUAUAUAGAUGUAACAUAAUUUUGGUUAAUGCAUCCUGGACUAGAUUCAAAUCUAAUUAUGACUCUGUAUUUUAUAAAUUGAGCCUAUAUCCUCCAUAUAAAUCAUAUGGAGAAAAGCAUAUAGCAAGAAAUGUAACCUUGGCAGAGUUCAGUGAUGCAACCACAAAGUAUUUGCAGCACCCUAAGGGUAAAAGGGUUA